GCCAAUCAGCGCGACAGACUGCGACCCAAACACGGAAGCAGGUCAAACGGCUGCGAAAGCAAAACUUCAGGCCCUUCUGCUGUCACACAAAUGCAGCUUAAGCGUUAUUAUUAAUGUGAACAGUUUAAACAGCAGAAACGUCAGGUCACAUUGUUUGCUCUCGAUGGCUUUCUCUUGGUUUCGCGUUGCUGUGCCGCUUUUGUUUGCGGUUUUUUCGGUUGUUGUCGCCAUCAUUGGACAACAUCCGGCGAUGCCGCCUCCUCUGCCCGCCGCCCUCGGUGUCUGCUCUCUGGCCGGGAUGGCGCUCAUUUGGAGGGACAUACGCUCGAAGAUGAAAGGUGAAAACCGGACGUUAAGCAGUCUGCUCAGUCAGUAUCUGGCGGUGAAGGGUGUGGGCUGGCUGGGCAGGCGGCAGCGAAGGAAACUUGAAGCAGAUACUCUCAAUGUGAAGCAAGUCCAGGAGGAGACUCUGCUGAAGCGCCUGCGGAAAAACGCAGGCACAUGUUAUGGAAGUCAGUAUGACUUCAGCUCAAUUAAAGACAGCGAUGGCUUCCGAGCACGUCACCCCAUCACCACAUAUGAGCACUACAGUGAGCUCAUUAGACGCAUCGCGGCAGGAGAGGAGAAGGUGAUCAUCGCUGAGAAGCCGCUGAUCCUGGCCAUGACCUCCGGGACGUCAGGACCCAGCGCCAUGCUGCUCAGCACCAAGGACACCAACACUGAGUUCUUCCUGCAGGGAGUGACUGUGUGUUUGGAUGCCAUGCGAAUAGCAUUCCCAGCGACCGACAGCCUCCAGCGCACCACCAAGUUCUUUUACUCACCUACUUUUCGCCAGUCUGAGGCCGGUAUUCCCAUUGGACCAAACUCCUCCACACCAGCCUCCUCCCGCCACAUGCUCAACCUCUACACCACCCCAGCACCCGCCUUUGAGGUUCCCAGUGAGAAGGACACCCUCUACCUGCAUCUCCUAUUUGCUCUCAAAGAUCCCAGUGUGGGAACACUGGAGUCCAACUUUGCUUCCACAGUCUUCUAUGCUUUCAGCGCUUUACAGGAUCGCUGGCAGGAGCUUGUGGAGGACAUUGAACGAGGAAAGGUCAGCAGCGCUCUAGCUCUGGAGCCCAAAGUGAGGUCCAGGCUCGAUGCUCUGAUGAAGCCAGACCCAAAGAGAGCCACUGAGCUCCGGGCCCACUUCCAGGACGGCUUUCGUGGGAUCGCCAAGCGGCUGUGGCCUCACCUCCACCUGGUGCUGGCGGUGGACUCAGGCUCCAAUCAGAUUUAUGGGGAAAUGUUGAGGGAGAACUACUGCCAGGGAGUGCCUUUCUAUUCGCCAUUCUACGCUGCUACUGAAGGUCUAAUAGGAGUGAACCUGUGGCCUCAGGAACCAAACAGACGCUACAUGUUGUGUCCUCGUUCAAUGUUCUGCGAGUUCCUGCCAGAGAGCAGCCUGGAGGAGGAGACGCCUCACACUCUGCUGAUGGAGGAGGUGAAGGAGGGACAGAACUAUGAGCUUGUUAUCACAAACGCUUCAGGACUCUUCAGAUAUCGCAUUGGAGACAUUGUGAAAGUAGUUGGAUUCCACAACCAGUGUCCCAUCAUUGAGUUUCAGUACAGACAGGGUCAGAUGUUGAGCGUUCGAGGGGAGAAAGUGUCUGAGGUGUUGUUUCUUGAUGCUCUGAAGAAAGCUGUUUCUCAGUGGCCAGGAGCUCAGCUGGUCGACUACUGCUGCGCUGAGAGCGGCAUCAUGGGAGAUUCAAUAGGCGGCUCAGAUCCUCAUUACCAGGUCUUUAUAGAGCUGAAAGGUGUGAGAAACCUCACAGAGGAACAACGAUACAAGUUGGACAUCUGUCUCCAGCAGGACUCGGCUGUCUACAAGUCUUUCCGUAUCAAAGGCAGCAUCGGACCAAUGAGGGUGCAGCUGGUGGCAGAGGGUGCGUUCAAGGAACUUCGCAAGCACAUGAUGGCCUUCUCGAACACCUCACCCAACACCUUCAAAAUGCACCGAGUGCUGCGCAGGAAAGAAUACGCCGACUUCCUCUUGGGAAAAACCGUUUCCUGAAACCUCCGGUUGUGGAGAACGAGACAAAGCUUGUGGACUCGCUGACUGAAUGAAAUGUCUCCAGUUUUUUUUAUCAACUGCUCGUGGAUGAGUUGAUGAAUUAUGCCUUUGGGAACUGUUAAAGACAAAAACACAACAUCCUUCAUUUUCGACAAUUAAAAACAUUCAUUUGACCGAUUUUAUUUUUUGAUCAUAUUUAUAAUUUUAUUAAAGUGAACUGUUAAACUAUUACCUUAGGUUUGUUUAAUGAAAUGUUUUAGGACCUCAUCUGGCUUCCAUGACAAUCAAAGUUAAACCAUAUGCAGUAUAUAUAUUGUACCAAAGAAUGAUUCUGAGCUAUGGGUGGAAAACUGCUACAUAAAUGUAUCCAACCAGG